CUCUUUCUCUCUCUCUCUCUCUCUCUCUCUCUCUCUCUCUCUCUCUCUCUCUCUCUCUCUCUCUCUCUCUCUCUCUCUCUCUCCCUCCCUCUCUCUGAGAGUGUGAGAAGUGCGCGUGCUGUAUCAGUGGCAGCGCGAGCGAGCGCACAGCUCCAAAAGACAGCAGAGCGCAGCGCACAUCUCCGCGCGAGACCCCCCAGCCACAGAUGCGAGGACCCCGAAGGCGCGCGCACGGGCGGCGGGCAUGUGGUGAACUGGACACCAGCAACAAUGGAUCAAAGGACGCACUGUCGCGCGCUGCCUCUUCUUUACCAUCUUCUUAUUAUUCUUCUGGUGCACGCGCUGGACUUUACUCGCGGACAGUUCUUUCCAGGCAGCUGUUCAUUUGAGGAGCACUACAGUAAGUGUGGGUACAGCGUGGCUCUGGGGACCAAUGGCUUCGCCUGGGAGCAAGUCAACACCUGGGAGAGGCCAACUAUGGACGCUGCUGUUCCCACAGGAUCUUUUAUGAUGGUGAAUGCGUCGGGUCGUGCUUCAGGACAGAAGGCUCACCUCCUGCUCCCGACGCUGAAGGAAAAUGAUACUCACUGCAUCGACUUCCAUUACUCCCUCUCCAGUCGAGACGGCCGCAGCCCCGGAUCCCUCAACGUCUACAUAAAGGUGGACGGUGGACCACAGGGUAACCCCAUCUGGAACGCCUCCGCCCCGGUUACCGAGGGCUGGGCCAAGGCUGAGCUCGCCAUCAGCACCUUCUGGCCCAAUUCCUACCAGGUCAUAUUUGAGGCAGUGUCUGUACAAGGACAUACUGGCUUUAUCUCAGUGGACGAGAUUCACGUUUUGGCUCACCCCUGCCGAAAGACGCCCCAUUUCCUUCGGCUGCAGAAUGUGGAGGUGAAUGUGGGGCAGAAUGCAACUUUCCAGUGCAUCGCUGGGGGCAAGUGGUCACAAGAAGAUAAACUGUGGCUUCAGCAGUGGAAUGGUAAGGACACUUCUCUGAUGGUCACUCGCUCAGUGAACCAGCGCCGGUUCUCCGCUAUCGUCCGGGUGGCCGACACCUCGCAGCGAGGAACCAGCCGCUACCGCUGUGUCAUCCGCUCUGAUGGAGGAUCAGGAGUUUCCAACUACGCUGAACUCAGCGUUAAAGCCCCUCCCACUCCAAUCGCCCCUCCUGAGCUGCUGGCAGUUGGUGCCACCUACCUGUGGAUCAAGCCGAAUGCUAACUCCAUCAUCGGUGAUGGACCAAUCAUCCUCAAAGAGGUGGAGUAUCGGACCACCACUGGAAACUGGGCGGAGACACACAUUGUGGACGCGCCCACUUACAAACUGUGGCACCUGGAUCCGGAUGUGGAGUACGAGAUUAAGGUUCUAUUGACCCGACCGGGAGAGGGGGGCACCGGACCCCCAGGACCACCCCUCAUCACCCGCACCAAGUGUGCUGAUCCGGUGAACGGUCCUCAGAAUGUGAAGGUGGUGGACGUGCGGGCGAGGCAGUUGAGGCUGGAGUGGGAUCUGUUCACGUACGCCGUGACUCGCUGCCACAGCUUUAACCUGACGGUUCAGUAUCAGUAUAUAUUUAACCAGCAGGAGUUCGCAGCCGAGGAGCUGAUCCCCACCUCCUCCCACUACAUCCUGAGAGGACUGAGACCCUCCGUCACCGUCCGGCUCCGACUCGUACUCGCCAACCCUGAGGGCAGCAAGGAGAGCGAGGAGAUCGUCAAGCAGACGGAGGAGGACGUUCCGGGUCCUGUUCCGAUGGAGUCGAUUCAGACGGGUCCGUAUGAGGAGAAGAUCUUCAUGCAGUGGAAAGCUCCCAACGAGACCAACGGUAUCAUCACUCUGUAUGAGAUCACCUAUAAGGCUCUGAGCUCUCUGGACCCCAGCGCUGAUCUGAGUUCGCAGCACGGUCGAGUUUUUAAGCUGCAGAAUGAAACUCAUCACCUGUUCGUGGGUCUUUAUCCCGGAACCACCUACUACUUCACCCUGAAGGCCAGCACCAGCAAGGGCUUCGGCCCCCCCGUCACCACCCGCAUCGCCACCAAGAUCGCAGCUCCUUCAAUGCCUGAAUACGAGACUGAAUCUCCUCUAAACGAGACCGACACCACCAUCACCGUCCUCCUGAAACCGGCCCAGUCCAGAGGAGCUCCGGUCAGUGUGUAUCAGGUGGUGGUUCAGGAGGAGCGUAAGCAGAAGGUUCGGAGGGCGACGGAUGUUAUCGAGUGUUUUUCGGUUCCGGUCAGCUUCAGGAACGCCUCGGUUCUGGACUCGGCGCAUUACUUCGCGGCUGAACUCGCCCCAGUUAACCUGGCGGUGGUGCAGCCCUUCACCAUCGGGGACAACAAGACCUAUAAUGGUUACUGGAACGCCCCCCUGUCCCCCGCCAAGAGCUACAGCAUCUACUUCCAGGCCCUGAGCCGAGCCAACGGGGAAACCAAAAUCAACUGUGUUCGUCUGGCGACCAAAGUGGUAAUAGGUAGGGGACAAAAUACCACGCCCUACAUACUUGUCAUUCCCAGUGAAGGUGCCUCCACCCAGAACUCGAACGCGGUGGAGCCGGAGAAGCAGGUGGACAGCACGGUGAAGAUGGCCGGAGUCAUCGCAGGAAUCCUCAUGUUCAUCAUCAUCCUGCUGGGGGUGGUCCUCACCUUCAAACGCAGAGAAAUCCACACCUGGAGAACUCUGAGUGUGGGAAGAAAUGCGUAUUCCUACUCUUACUACCUGAAACUGGCGAAGAAACAGAAGGAGACGGCGAGCAGCAGCACUCAGAGGGAGAUGGGACCUGUGGGCACGGCCGACAAAAGCACCGGCAAGGUCAGCACCCUGCACAAGGACGACCCCUUCUCCACCAGCAACCAGGACCUCAACGGAUUCGCCUCCUCCUCGCCGUGCUCUUUCUCAGUUCAGGGUAAAACUCUGCAGAGUAAAUCCCUCCUCAACUCCUAUUACUCAGUAUCCAAAGAUCCAGUUCCUGCCACCACAUCUAUUGACGGCAGCCACAGCGAGAUGUCUCAGCCCUCGAUGACCAUUCAGACGUAUCCAUAUGGAGGCUGUGAGUCAGUGGAGAUGUCCUACCAGGCGGGCCAGUUCCAGCCUGCCAUCCGCGUGGCCGACCUUCUCCAACACAUCACCCAGAUGAAGUGCGGCCAAGGCUACGGGUUCAAAGAGGAGUAUGAGGGUCUGGCAGAGGGACAGACGGCCCCGUGGGAAACGGCCAAGAAAGAAGAGAACCGCAACAAGAACCGCUAUGGUAACAUCAUUGCUUAUGAUCACACUCGAGUCCGACUGCAGCUGCUGGAGGGAGACCCCCACUCCGACUACAUCAACGCCAACUACAUAGACGGUUACCACAGGCCGAGGCAUUACAUCGCUACACAAGGACCCAUGCAGGAGACGGUGAGAGAUUUCUGGCGAAUGAUUUGGCAAGAGAACUCUGCCAGCAUCGUCAUGGUAACCAACCUGGUGGAAGUGGGCAGGGUGAAAUGUGUUCGCUACUGGCCGGAUGAGACUGAAGUUUACGGAGACGUCAAAGUGACGCUUAUCGAGACGGACCCUCUGGCUGAAUACGUCAUCCGCACCUUCACCGUCCAAAAGAAGGGGCAUCAUGAGAUCAGGGAGAUCCGGCAGUUUCAUUUCACCAGUUGGCCGGAUCACGGUGUGCCGUGUUACGCCACCGGGCUGCUCGGCUUCGUCCGGCAGGUGAAGUUCCUGAAUCCUCCGGACGCUGGGCCGAUAGCGGUGCACUGCAGUGCUGGGGCUGGAAGAACGGGUUGUUUUAUUGCGGUGGAUAUCAUGCUGGACAUGGCAGAGAAUGAAGGCGUGGUGGACAUUUUCAACUGCAUCAGAGAGCUGCGCUCACAAAGAGUCAAUAUGGUUCAGACUGAGGAGCAGUAUGUGUUUGUACACGAUGCCAUCCUGGAGGCAUGCUUGUGUGGAAAUACAGCCAUACCUGUGUGUGAGUUCAGAGCCAUCUACUACAACAUCAGCAGACUGGACCCACAGACCAACUCCAGCCAGAUCAAAGAUGAGUUUCAGACCCUGAACAUUGUGACUCCGCGAGUUCGGCCGGAGGACUGCAGCGUCGGCCUCCUCCCCCGUAACCACGAUAAGAACCGCAGCAUGGACGUUCUGGCGUUGGACCGCUGCCUGCCCUUCCUCAUCUCUGUGGACGGAGAGUCGAGCAACUACAUCAAUGCAGCGCUGAUGGAUAGUCAUAAACAGCCGGCGGCCUUCAUCGUGACGCAGCACCCGCUACCCAACACAGUGGCUGAUUUCUGGAGGCUCGUAUUCGACUAUAACUGCUCCUCCAUCGUGAUGCUGAAUGAAAUGGACGCUGCACAGCUCUGUAUGCAGUACUGGCCGGAGAAGAGCUCGUGUUGUUACGGCCCGAUCCAGGUGGAGUUCAUCUCCGCCGACAUCGACGAAGACAUCAUCAACCGCAUCUUCAGAAUCUGCAACAUGGCUCGGCCGCAGGAUGGCUACCGGCUGGUGCAGCACUUCCAGUUCCUCGGCUGGCCGGCGUACAGAGACACCCCGCUGUCCAAGCGCUCCAUCCUACAGCUGGUGAGACGACUGGCCAAGUGGCAGGAGCAGUACGACGGGGGGGACGGACGCACUGUGGUCCACUGCCUGACUGGCGGGGGGCGUAGCGGGACGUUCUGUGCGAUCUGUAGCAUCUGUGAGAUGAUUCAGCAGCAGAACAUUGUUGACGUGUUUCAUACAGUGAAGACGCUCAGAAACAACAAGGCCAACAUGGUCGAGACAAUGGAGCAGUAUAAGUUCUGCUAUGAGGUAGCACUGGAGAGCCUCAGCUCCUUCUGAGAGGUGAAGAUGAGAGAGCAUCCAUCUUCAUUUGGUCAGAGCACCACCCUUCAGCCUCCCUCCUCCUUCCUCCCGCCGAGGACACGACCGGGCGAGGAAACCGAGGGAGCGGUCUAUCGCCUCGUCUCUGGGGUUUAUGUAAAGUAUUGUAUAAAGAAGAAAAAAAAGAAAAUACAAAAACGACCUCUAUCAGCAUUUCUUUCUCUUUUUUUGUGGAAGUCCGGCGUCAGAGCCUGAGCGCCGGGCCGUGGAGUGAUCUGUACAGUUCUUUUCCUAUUUAGAUAUACGCCUUGAAUGUUAUCCUGUCAAUGUAGAGGAAAAAACACACUUAAAAAGAGAAAAACGGAGGAAAAAUCAUCUUUCUAUUCUUUCCAGCGGAGGAGAAACACACGGACUGACGUUUCCUGAGCUACGUUCAGCCUGUGGAGAAACGCGAGAGCAGCGCAGAUUAAACGAGUUUGAAAGAAGCUUGAUAUUUUUGUUAUUCUGAUGGUUUUUCGUGGUUCCCGUCUCUUUUGUGCAUUUUCACACUGUCUGAUUUAUUAAAGCCUCAGAGAGAGAGAGAGAGAGAGAGAGAGAGAGGAAGAGAGAGCGAGAGAGCGAGAGAGAGAGUGAGAGAGAGAGAGAGCGAGAGAGAGAGGGAGAGAG